UGUCUUCAUCAGAGUGCCCCCUUACAUCAAGUGUCCCCAUCAGAGUACCCCCUUAUAUCAUGUGUCUUCAUCAGAGUGCCCCCUUACAUCAAGUGUCCCCAUCAGAGUGCCCCUUACAUCAAGUGUCCCCAUCAGAGUACCCCCUUAUAUCAUGUAUCUUCAUCAGAGUGCCCCCUUACAUCAAGUGUCUCCAUCAGAGUAUCCCCUUAUAUCACGUGUCCCCAUCAGAGUACCCCUUACAUCAAGUGUCCCCAUCAGAGUGCCCCUUACAUCAAGUGUCCCCAUCAGAGUGCCCCCUUACAUCAAGUGUCUUCAUCAGAGUGCCCCCUUACAUCAAGUGUCCCCAUCAGAGUGCCCCCUUACAUCAGGGUCCCCAUCAGAGUACCCCCUUAUAUCAGGUGUCUUCAUCAGAGUGCCUCCUUACAUCAGGGUCCCCAUCAGAGUACCCCCUUAUAUCAGGUGUCUUCAUCAGAGUGCCCCCUUACAUCAUGUAUCUCUAUCAGAGUGCCCCUUACAUCAAAAGUCCCGAUUAGAGUGCCCCCCCACACACACACAAAUUGUCCUCAUUAUGGUGCCCCCUUACAUCAACUGUCUGCAUCAGUGUACCCCUUACAUCAAUUGCCCUCCCAGAGUGCCCCUAACAUUAAUUUCCUGAUCAGAAUGCCCCUUUACAUCAAAUGUUCCCAUCAGAGUGCCCCCUGCAUCAAAUGCCUCAUUACAGUCCUCCUUAUAUCA